GAGAAAGACACAGAGUUAGAGAGAGAAAGCAAGUGAGAGUGAGUUUACUCUCUCAAGGCUGCUGCUGUUCUGCAGGCUUGCACCAUUAAAAGUUGUGGUGGUGUGGCUCUUAGUUCUAUCGGAUUCUCGUUAGCACUGAUACGGAGAAACGGAAAACUUGAAUACACACGGCGAAACAGUUUUAUUUGAAAGUUUUUUCGUUAAUAUUAAAAUUUCGUAUUUAAAACGCCAAAUGUCCGAUACGUUUCCGAAACGGAAAACGCUGAAAUCUUGAAAACAUCAAAAUAAAAGCUUGUAUUUUUAGUAGAAAAGGAGCUGAAUUAAGAGAAAAGCUCUCAUCUUUAGUUUUAGUUUAGCUUCAAAAUCAUUAUUACAUGCUAAAAUAACAAUUCCCAUUCCAUUAUUAUUUUACCCUUUUCAACAAAGUCCACACUUUUACUCCUCAAACCUUCCUCUCUCUCUCCAACACUUUCUCUCUCUAAACCUCUCUCUCUCUACUGAAUGGAUUCUUAUGAAGCAACCAAGAUGGUGUUCUCAAGGAUCCAAGGUUUAGACCCAGAAAAUGCGUCAAAAAUCAUGGGUUUUCUUCUACUACAAGACCAUGGAGACAAGGAGAUGAUACGCUUAGCCUUCGGACCAGAGACUCUCUUGCAUAAUCUCAUACUUCAAGCCAAAACUCAGUUGGGAUUCUCCUCCAACUCCCCAUCUACACCUUCGACUCCUUCUUCACCGUCUCCGUUUAAUAAUCCGACCAACUGUUCGAGACCGAGCUCUCUCUCCAUUUCCUCGUCCAGAAUGAUCACUAGUAACGGGUUUGACAUCACAAACCCGGCUUCACCGAGCUCGAAUUCUUGGCCUUUGUUGAGCCCUAACUCGACCACUUCUUCACUGUCUUACGCUAGUAUUGUUAAUGGAAGUUCUCAUAAUAAUAACAACAGUAGUAACACGACUGGCUCUUCAUCUCUGUCAUCUACUGUCUCAUUAUCGAAUGGUUUCAAUUAUUACAGCAGUAAUAAUACUAACAAUAAUGGUAGUAAUGAUCUCAUUGAUGAGUAUCAACUUCAAGAAAACUUUUCAUUUCUCAAUGAUUCCAAGACCGACGAUUUAUUCGACCCUCGGUUAGAUUUGGCUAUGAGUCCAACUGGUUAUGGUGAUACUCACUUGCAUAGGAGAAGUUUUUCAGUUCCCGGGUUGUGUUUUGGAGCUGAGGAUGCGAAUUCAGGGCUUGGAUGGAAGCCUUGCUUGUAUUUUGCUAGAGGGUUUUGUAAGAAUGGGACUAGCUGUAGGUUUUUACACGGAGGUGAGUCAGGUGAUGGUGGUGGCACUGGUCUAGUUGGUUCACCGAGUAAACUCGGUGAGUUUGAACAGUGUCAUGAGCUUCUUAGGUCAAAGUCUAUUGCUGCUCAGCAACAAAAGUUGGCUGCAGCUUCACAGUUCAUAGCUGGAGCUUCUUUUCCUUACAAUAAGUGCAUGAAUUUACUUCUUCAGCAGCAAAAUGAGACACAAAGAUCGGCUGCUGCUGCUGCAUUGAUAAUGGGAGAUGAGCUUCAUAAGUUUGGUAGAUGCCGUCCUGAGAGAAAUGAUUUUUCACCUAUGGGACUGGGAGGGGCAAUGAACCCUGGUUCUAGACAGAUCUAUCUAACAUUUCCUGCUGAUAGCACAUUUAGAGAAGAAGAUGUAUCUAAUUACUUCAGCAUUUAUGGACCGGUACAAGAUGUGAGAAUUCCAUACCAGCAGAAAAGAAUGUUUGGAUUUGUAACAUUUGUGUAUUCAGAAACAGUGAAGCUUAUAUUAGCUAAAGGGAAUCCUCAUUUCGUUUGCGAUUCGCGUGUUCUUGUUAAGCCUUACAAGGAGAAAGGAAAAGUUCCAGACAAGUAUAGAAAGCAUCCGCAUCAGCAGCAACAGAUCGAAAGGGGAGACUACUCACCAAAUUGUUUGAGCCCUUCCGGGUUUGAUUCCAGAGAUUCGUUUGAUCUUCAUCUUGGAGCUCGAAUGUUUCAAAACACUCAAGAGAUGCUAUUGAGAAGGAAACUAGAGGAGCAAGCUGAGUUGCAGCAAGCUAUUGAGCUCCAAGGGAGAAGAUUAAUGAAUCUGCAGCUUCUUGAUUUCAAGAAUCAUAACCAUCAUCAGUUUGUUCACGGUUUGUCCUCUGGUUCGCCCGUCCCCUCGCCAACUAUGGCUCGAACCCCUAAUGGUCACACCCUCAUUUUCCAAGCUGAUGGCAUUGAUCAAGAAAAUGCUGAAGAGAACGGUGGUAAUCCGGAUGCCCGAAACGGGGUUUCAGACAGUGAACCGGAAGUGAAACCGGUCAGCAAUGGCAAUAGCAGUAGUACAGAGGAAAAGAGCAGCUCUGAAGAGAAUGAUCUCCCUGAAAAUUUUGAGCACAUUCUUCCUGAUAAUUUAUUCACUUCACCAAAGAAAUCAGCUGGUGACCACACAGUCUUCUCCACAAAUGGUUUGGAGGUUGAUGAUCAUGUCAAUGCCACCAUAACUUCAUCUUCUAACAGUAACCUCAUAUUGCCUACAACUUCCACUCUCAAUAUGACUUCCAUUAAAUCCUGUUUUCUCCAAAUGCCCAGGUUUUCAUCUGGGCAUGGAACCAUUGGCAUGUAGUUGGCAAAAUGACCAUGGCUAGCAAAUGGGGAAAUUGACUUGGCUAAGAAUUAUUGGGAAAAUUAAGAAAAAGUAAAAAGAAAAUCAAUCCUCAAGCUUUGUAUAGCCAAAAAAACCAUACUCAUCAACAAAGAAAAAAGAUCAGUAGACAAGAUCUGAGGAAGAUCACCAUCAUCAUCAAUACAUACUACUUACAAUCAAUACAUAAUGCAUACAUAAAAGGACAGAUCAACUGAUAAUGUGAGAGUGGGGUCCUCUCUCUCUCUACUUUCUCUCUCUAGGUAAUUGUAUUAGUUUUAGUGUAACAUUUAGUGUUUGUACUCAAGGACCACAGCCAUAGCAGAAGCAAGAACAAGAAGGGUAGUAUAGUAAAAUAGUAACUCUCUUUAAAUCUCUAUAUCAUAUGUAAUUUUAAUUUUUUUCCUUUUUUUACCAUCCUGUUGUUGUGAGAUGAAAAAGAAAAAAAAGGUUAUAUAGAAAAAUUUCAGGUUUUA